AUGCUGCAUGGGUCGUUGUUGAUUGCUGCGUCGCUCGUUGGCUACAUGGCCUACGUAAGCAUCCAGCCGACGCUUCCGACGUGCGUUAACUGGGACGCCACGACCUUGACGAAUCUCCAGACUGCGCGGCAGCCGGUGCGGCUCGUCGGGUCGCCCACCAGCACGCACUGGAACACAUCGCACUGGACGCUCGCGCACGUCGUGUCGCGGCUGCCCGCGUCCGUGUCGAUGCAGUACGCGCCAUCAAGCGUCUUUCGCCACUACGAUCCGAACAUGGAACUCGCGCCGCGCUUCCCGCCCACGUCCCAAACAACGACGGUUGUGCGGGAGGACGUGCUGGCUCUUCUUGAUGCGACUGGCGAUGGCAGCUACUACCUCAACGACGAGCUGCACCGUCUUGCACCCGACUUGGUGCCGGACGUGCCACUGGCAGGCCUCGUCGGUCCGGCCGCCGCCUCCUCGGUCAUGGUCAAGCUCUGGCUUGGCGGACCACAUGUCGUCGCCAACCUGCACUACGACGCCACCCACAACCUCUUCCACCAGGUCGUCGGCUCCAAGCGCUUCCUCCUCUUCCCACCCAGCGCCCACGCGUCCUUGUACCUCUUUUCGCGUCUCCACCCGAGCCACCGGCAGUCGCAGCUCGAUUUGACGCGUCCACGAAGCGAGCUGGUCAAGGCUUUUCCCGCCUUUGACGACGUGGAAGAGAUGCUGCUGGACAUCACACUCGCGCCCGGCGAGUCGCUCUACUUGCCGCCGUUCUGGUUCCACUGUGUGCUCACUACGACGCCAUCAGUCUCGGUCAACCUCUGGACGGACGCCGAGGAAGUCGGCUUCCUUGCCAACGCUUUGGCGGACCCCGUGCCCUACUUGGCCAACCUCGAAGCGUCCGGCGUGGUGCACGAUCUCAACUCGCACCUCGGUCACCUCCAGCUCUUCGUGCGCCUCGUCCUCUCACGUUGCGUGCUGGAUACCCAGACAGCUCUGCAGCAGCUGGUCGCCAACCAAGACCGGUACUUGCCGCGCGUGCACGUCACCUGCGGUGUCCUCACCUCACCGAUGAUAGCCGAGGCGACGCUGCAGCCGUAUGUCGAUGCGCUUGUGGCUGCGUCGUUCGACCGCAUGGGCGACGACAGCGCCAAGACGCUGCUUGUUCUGAGCUACGUCGAGGCGCUUCUCGCUCAGUUUAUGGCGCCAACGGUCGUCGGAAACUUCUUGGCCCAGUGUGUUGCCCCCGAAUAA